UAUCAAAUCAGUUGCAGCUUGGAGUUGAAAACAUGAGUGACAUUAUUGAAACGAGGCUUAAUUUUUUUUUGAAAAGCACUGAAAUUCUGACUUUAAUUUCAGGUAUGAAAGGUUUGAAAAUUCUCUGUGAUUUGGUUGGCGAAGAAGGUUUUGAAUGCUUAACGAAUUUGUCACUAUCUAUGUUGAAUGAUUUGGAAUACCUCAUCAAUACAGCAGAUGGGGUUCCACAGAGUGCUUUCCCUGUGUUAGAGUUUCUGCAUCUUCGUGAGCUACAUAAUUUCAAAGGGAUUACUAGUCAUGAAUGCCGACUACCGAACAAGGCUUUCAGUGCAUUGAAAGUGUUGAAACUAUAUCAUUUGUAUAAACUGAGAAAUUUGUGGAAGGGUCCCACCCAGCUUGUAUGGCUCGGCAACCUGACGACUGUAGAUGUGAUGAGUUGUGGUAAACUGGAAAGUAUAUUCUCACUUUCCAUAGCUAGAGAUCUAGUGCAACUGCAGGACCUUAUGAUAUUAAAUUGUCCUAUGAUGGAAGAAAUUGUUUCGAGUGAAGGAGGAGAGCAUGAAAUAGCAGCAAUAGCAACAGAUAAAAUCGAGUUUCCUAAACUAAAGCGAUUGAAUCUUGACUAUCUGCCAAGUUUGACUGCUAUCUGCAAAGCUAUGAAUGCAAUUGAGCUGCCACAACUGAGUUCCUUGUCACUGUUGAAUAUGCCAAAGCUGAAGCGUCUCUGUCCGGCUUCAGAUUCAGAGAGUAAUUGUGAUCCCAUCAUUCAACCCCUCUUCAACGACAAGGAUAAAUUGGCUACCAUUGAAGGAUUGACCAUCUGUGGCAUGGAGAAUCUGAUGGAAAUUUGGCCUGGGGAACUUGAAGCUAAACUAAGAGAGAUGACAGUUCAAUGUUGCCAUGGGCUCUCAAAUAUUCUUUUUCCAUCCAAUUCAAUUAAGGGCAUGCAAAAUCUUGAAGUACUUGAAGUGAAGGACUAUCGAUCUAUUGGAGUAGCCUUUGACCUUGAAGGACUUGUUUGGGAAGACGGCAUAUCAGAUAUGGCACUCCCUUCAUUAAAAAGGGUGGAAUUAAGGCAUCUACUCAGUUGA